AUGGCGGCGUCGCCCCCAGGGACCAUCCGAGAGGCAAUUGCGGCCCCAAGAACCCUUCCAAGGGCUUCUGAGGCUCCAGGGAUCCUCCUAGGGGCGGCAGUAGCUCCAGGGACCUUCCCAGUGACGGCGGUGCCCUCAAGGACCCUCUCAGGGGCCGUGGCGCCACCAGGGACAUUCCCAGAGAAGGCAACGCCCCCAGGGACAUUCCCAGAGAAGGCGACGCCCCCAGGGACCCUCUCAGGAGUGGUGGCCCUUCAAGGGGCCCUCCCAGAGGUGGUAUCAUUACAGGGUCCACUCAGGGGCUAUAGCGCUCCCAGGGUUCCCUCCAAAGGCGGGAUCCUCCCAAGGGCUGAGGCUUCCCUAGGGACCGUCCCAGGGGAGGUGGCAGUUCCAGAGACCCCUUCAAGGGCUGAGACGCCCCAGGGACAGCGGCACCCUCAAGGACCUUCCCAGAAACCCUCCCAGGGUUUGCGGCACCCCCAGGGAUCUUUCCAGGAACGGGGCACCUCCAGGGACCAUUCCAGGAGAGGCGGCGCCCUCAGGGACCGUCCCAGAAGCGGUGGCGGUGGCAGUUCCAGAGACCGUUUCAAGGGCGGAGACGCUCCAGGGACACUCCCAGGGACAGCAGCACCCUCAGGGACCAUCCCAGAAACCCUCCCAAGUUUAGCGGCGGUGGUGCCUCCCAGGAGCAGCCAUAUUCCCAGGGACCUUUCCAGGGAUGGCGGUGCAUUCAGGGACCCUCCCAGGAGCGGCGGCGCCCAUAGGGACCGUCUCAGGGGUGGCAAUGCUCCCAAGGGCACUCCUAGGAGUAGUGGCUCUCCCAGGGGUGGUGGCAUUCCCAAGGUCCCAUUGAGGGGCCGCAGCGCCCCCAGGUACCCUCCCUGGAGUGAUGGCGCCACCAGGGCCAAUUCAGAGGCGACGACAUCCCCAGGGACCCUCCCAGAGGCAGUGGCGUUCCCAGGGACACUCCUAGGGACAGCGAUACCCCCAGUGAUCUUCCCUGGCGCGACGGCGCCACUAUGGACCCUCCUAAGGGCAGUGGCGCCCCGAAAGACCCUCCAAGGAGCGGCGGCCCCCUGUGGACCUUACGAAGGGUCCCAGGGUGCCCUAUGGGGCUCUCCUAGGGACGGUGGCGCUUCCUGGGAGCCUCCCAGGGCGGCGGCGCCCCCAGGGACCUUCUCAAGGACGGCGGCCCCACAAGGAAACCUCCUAGAGGAACCGGCGCCCCCAGGGGCCCUCUUAGGGGCGGUGCCGCCUCAAGGAUCUCUCCCAGGGACGGCAGCGCCCCCAAGGACUCUCUCAGAGACGGUGGUGCCCCCAGGGAUACUACCAGUGAUAGCAUCGCCCCCAGGAACCUUCCCAGGACAGUGGUGUCCCUAG